UUGAAGCGUAAUUUGUUUUAAAAUCGAUUUCUAAGCCGAAAAUAAAUAAUCAAACGAAAUUUGCAAAUUAAAAAAAAUUCACAAACAGUGUUCAAGUUCGAAAAUUCUUUCAAAACAGUUUUUAAACCGCAUAAAUAGCUACAAAAUUGAGAAAUAUGUGUUAAAAACCAAUACAAGUUUAAUAGCAAAAACGCAAAAGAAAUCUAACGGUAAAAGUGCUGGGUGUUAAAAUGAGACAGCCAAUAAGGCGUUAAUUGCGUGAAAAUCCGAAACUAAAUACUGCACUGACCAAAUGGCGAGCAUAAUGAGGCUAAUUUCGGUGUUGAUGAGCUGGAAGUAAAGAGUAACGCAACAUAAAAAAACAACAACAACUAAACUAUAACAAAAAUAAUUUCGAACUAAAAGUAUAGCUAACGGAAGAGUACCGUAAUUACGCAGCAACAACAAAACGGAAGCAGCGGAAAGCCAACUGAAAAAAAGCAACAAAAACAAAAAACACACAGAGCGAGAAAAUUCUAAAAAUUUAAUAACAAAUAUUUUUUGAACGCAACGAACGCACUGCAUAAAUUAUAUAAUAUUUGAAAUCAAAGUAUCGCGGCGACAGCAUGUCGUUAAAGGCGCGACGCACGAAGUUGACAUUACACACGACAACGGUGAAAAUGAAGUUGACUUGACCGAGGCGACCGCGGCAGCAGACGCAGCGACAACAGCAACAAUUACGCACAGCCGUUGGUGCGGCAAAUGCAUUAACAAAUACAACAAAACCAAAAACAACAACACAAACAGCAGCAAUAACGGCACCACCAGCAACAAUAACGGUACCACUAACACCCGUCACACAGUGGAGUUGUGCUACUGGCGUUGUACUUGGUUGUGGCAGCGUCGUCGACAAUGGUUGUGGCGCCAGCUUGCACUGGCAGAUUGGCCGUUGCCGUUUACCUUUACAGCUACGGCAUACAACGCUGACCGGCGAUCAGCUAUCAGACAACUAAAUAUUUACUUUAAUCUCUUGCGUAUAUACUGUAUGCUUAUACUUAAUUACUUUACGACCGGGGGCAGCAAAAGUGGUGGCAGUAGAGGAGGAUGCAGCGCGAACGACAAGCAAACGACUGCAAAUGAUGUUGCGUAUACGCCAUGUAGACACAGCAGAGAUAGUGUCAGAAGGGUGACAAUUAUAACUACAACAACUAGUGGAGGCACAAGUCAGCCAACAACAAUAACAACAAAUAGCAGCACAAGUCAACCAACAACAAUAACAACAAAUAGCAGCACAAGCAAGCCAACAACAAACAGCACCACAAGCAAGCCAACAACAACAACAAGUAGCGACAAAAGUCAACCAACCUCAGCAAAGGUUGCGUAUACGUCAGGUAGGCCAAUAGCAAGCAGCACAAACGAGCACACAAACCAUGUUGCGUAUACGCCAUGCAGCACCAGCUGCUCCACAAACUGCAGCCACCGUCGUAGCUCUAGCGUUGGUGCGCCCAAAUCAAACAUCAUCACCAAAAUCAACUGCCAUGACUUGGUGUUUGUAAAACCAAUCAGUCACGGUGGCAGCUGUGACCGAAUAUCGGGCGACACGAAGAGCAAUCAGCACACAGCGGCGGGCAACUACAACAAUAACGGCGAAGAAAAACAUAAGGGCAGUAAGUGGCGCAAAUUGCAUGCAGUGUGGGUGCUUUUGUGCUUGUUGUUGCAGCGGCAUUUCGUCGCCGGUGUGUUGUUGGUGAAGUGUUUGAUUAUCGAGUAUGUUGCAAGCUGGCUUAAUACCAUGCAAAUUGCUGCAACGGGUAGUGCAAAUACGGAGGAAACUACAAAAACAAAAAAUGCAACAGCAACAACAGCAGUAAUAGAAAGAGCAAUAACAAUAACAGCAGCAGCAGUAAGAACAACAACAAAAGUUGGUGCAACAACAACAUUGUCGCCUGCUAUAACAAUAACAUCAGAACUUGUAACGGCAAAAGUAUCAACAACAACAAGAAUAUUGGCGACUGCAACAACAACAACAACAUUAAAAUUUGCUACAGCAGAAGUAGCAGCAGUAACAAGAACAACAAUAACAUUAAAAGUAACAACAAAGGAAGUAGCAGCAAUAGCAACAACAGCACUAUCGACAGCUGCAACAACAACAACAACAUUUACAGUAGCUGGACAAAAAUUAUUAGCUACACCAACAACAACCGAAGUUGUAAAAAUAACAACAUCAGCAACAACAACAACUUGCACUGCAGAAACAACAACAACAACAACAACAACAUCACUAGCUGAAAAAUCAAAAAUUAAUCUACCGCAUUCGCACUCCUCUACAACUAAACUUAUUUUCACCACAAACGCGCGCACCCACACGCACCCCAACACAACGAUCAAAGCAGCAGCAAUCAAAAAAGCAUAUAACAGUAGAAAACGAAGAAGAAGCAGAAGCAGAGGCCACAGUCGCCGCCGUAGCUCAUCGAAGAGACAUAGUCGUAGUGCGCGUAGUGACAGUGACAGCGUCAGCUUUAGCUAUUUAUCGCACUUACACAUACAACUACUAGUAAUACAAGGAAUUUGCAUUAUAAGACUGAUAUCAUUAAAGAGAUUUCUACAAAUUCCUAAGCAACAAUCAAAUGUAUUUCAUAAGCGUUUACAAAACUGCCGAAGCAGCGUCAUUGCAGCGGCUGUUGUCGGUUGUCGCUUAGCGCGCAGCAAGCACAUGUUGAGGCUAAAAGCAAAAACAACAUUAGCACCGACAACAACAACAACAAGAACGCCGCAAGCGCGAGUGUCUGAAGUGUCAGUGACAACAUCCUCGCAGCCGCCGCAGUUGACGCCGCAAACUAAGCACGCACAAGCGCCAUCACAAGCACAGCCACAACUACCGUUAGUCACCCACACAUUGUCGCGACCACAGACAUAUUCGUGCGCCCAACCGCAACCACAGAAGCAACUCAAGCGCCAGCCAGCCCAGCAGCAAGUGCAGCGACAACAAAAACAACAAACACAGCAACUGCAAAUGCAACAAAAACAACAACCACAGCGAAUGCAGCUACAACAGAAGCAACAACAAACACAGCAGCUCCAGUCACAACAAAAACCGCAACAACAACAACAACCGCAGGCAGAAAAAAUAGCAAAUAUCACUUGCGGUUUCGCACAGCGCAUCAUCACGCCGCUGUUGUUGCAAUGUUUUUGUCACUUUCAUUUUAUUAUUACGAAUUACUUUCAUGUCUGCCGCUGGCGUUGGCAGUGUCGCUCAUUACCGUUGUUACAUCGCUCACUCACUGUGUUGAUUUUGUUAUCUUCCUUGUGGCAUGGCACCGAGUGUUUUCACGGCAGCGUCAAGUUUAGCGCGAAUACGGUGAAGACGAAAUACGGUCUGCUGCGCGGCAUUGUGGUGCGUUCGAGUCCCAUGGUUGAAGCAUACUUGGGCAUACCGUAUGCCUCGCCGCCGGUCGGUAGCUUAAGAUUCAUGCCACCCAUCACGCCAUCCACUUGGAAGAAUGUCCGGAAUGCAGAUCGCUUCUCGCCCGUAUGCCCACAAACGGUGCCCAUACCGCCCAAUGGCCCCGAGGCGUUGCUAGAAGUGCCGCGGGCACGUUUGGCGCAAUUGCGACGUCUGCUGCCGUUACUCAGCAAUCAAUCGGAAGACUGUUUAUACUUAAAUAUUUAUGUUCCAUAUGAAAAUCGACGCAAAAGACGCUCCACCAGCAGCAACAGCAUGGAGCACACGCACGAUCCCCCAACCCUACUCGCCACCGUACUACUACUACAUGGCGAAUCGUAUGAAUGGAAUUCGGGCAAUCCAUACGAUGGUUCGGAAUUAGCGGCGCAUGGUAAUAUCGUCGUUGUGACGAUUAACUUUCGCCUCGGCAUAUUUGGCUUUCUGAAAACGGGUGGGAAGGAGAGCGCGCAGGGCAAUUUCGGCUUAAUGGACCUCGUAGCUGGUUUGCAUUGGCUGAAGGAAAAUCUGCCCGCUUUCGGCGGUGAUCCACAGCGCAUAACAUUGCUCGGGCAUAGCACGGGCGCAGCGUUGGCCAAUAUAUUGAUGGUCUCGCCUGUGGCAAGCGAUCUUGUACAGCGCGCAGUGCUGGUUAGCGGCUCUGCGCUCUCACCGUGGGCCAUACAAAAGAAUCCUUUGUUCGUGAAGCGUCGUGUUGCCGAACAGACUGGUUGUCAUGGUGAUAUGUUGUACGAUGAUUUGGCGCCUUGUCUGCGCACUAAAACGGUUGCUGAACUGUUAGCCGUGAAAAUUGAUCAUCCGCGAUUUUUGAGUGGAUUUGCGCCUUUCAUCGAUGGCACAGUCAUAUCGCCGAAUACCGAUCCAAUUGGAGAAUUAUCGUUGCCUUUAGGUUCUGCUAUUGUUAGUACAUCAGGAAUUGAAUUUGCAAACUUUCCAAAACGCGACCUCAUUUUUUGCCUUACCUCAGUGGAAUCGUAUCUGGAUUUGAGUGCACAAGAUUUGGAAUUUGGUUUUAACGAAACACGACGUGAUCGUAUACUAAGAACAUUUGUUCGUAAUAAUUUUCAUUAUCAUUUAAACGAAAUAUUUGCUGUGUUAAAGAACGAAUACACCGAUUGGGAGAAGGCCAUACGUAGUCCCUUGAGCUCACGUGAUGCUACUCUCUCCUUUUUGAGUGAUGGGCAUACCGCGGCAGCGCUGAUUAAACUAGGCUAUAUGCAUAGCUUACGUGGUGGUCGCAGUUAUUUUAUACAUUUUAAGCAUAGAACAGUCGAAGAGGAGUAUCCGCAGCGAACCGGUUCCGUUCGUGGUGAAGAUGUGCCUUUUUGGUUAGGAUUACCCAUUUCACCACUAUUCCCGCACAACUAUACAACUCAGGAGAAACAGAUUAGUCGCCUUAUGCUGCGCUAUCUCGCGAAUUUUGCGAAAACGGGCAAUCCAAAUCAUUCAGGUUUAGACACACCAUCCAUAGCUGCAACAGCAUCCCGAUCACCGGGUUAUAUCACCGCACAACUCGACCAUGGCAAAGUGAAACGCGCCUCACUCAAAACACUAAAUGCCGUCAACAAGUUUUUCAACCUCACCAUACCACAUCAACUCAGCCUGCAACAUGGCAGUUUGCUGGACACGAGCGGCGCCAUAAAUCUCGCGCUCAUCUACAAUCAGCGACGUAGCGGUGCGAUGCGUGAACGACGCGCUUACUACAAACGACAUAUGCACAACAACAACAACAAUAAUAAUAAUAACAACAACGAAUCGAAUGAAUUACUCAACGCGGCAUUAAGAUUUGUUGCCGACGAGCCAAGCCUUGGACGUGGUGAGCAUUUGCCCUUCUGGGAUGCCUACGAUGUGGUGAAUCAACUCUACUUGGAAUUGGGUAAUAAGGCAGAGGUGCAGAGUCAUUAUCGCGGUCACAAACUGUCCAUGUGGUUGAAUUUGAUACCACAAUUGCACAAGCAUUCCAAUAUCAAUGAUCAGUCCAUGCGCCAUCAUCAGUUUCCCGAUGACAUCAGUAAUCGUGAUUUGUACGAAGGUGUCGUACGUCCACAAAUGCAAACGAAGCCGCCGGAUGAUGAGGAUACCGUUGUGGUGAAGACGCCAAAAUCUACAACAGCCACAAAGGCUGUGAGUAAUAAUACUAAGGCUGGCGUGAAUACUUUGAUCGGCGCUACAACAACAGAAUGCAACCCCGAUGGCACGAUAUAUGCGAACAUUGGCGAUAGCGCGUCCACCCAACAGCCCUCAGCAACGGAAAAUCGCACAAUGUUGGAGAAUGGUGGUCAACAAAAGGAUCUGGCGACCGCCUCCACCGGACUCAUCGGCAAUUUGGAAAUGUUCCGACGCUUGAGCGGCAAACAAUUCCCAAGCUACACCACAGCGCUGGUAGCCACCGUUGCCGUCGGCUGUUUCCUGCUCACAUUAAACAUACUCAUCUUCGCCGGCAUUUAUCAUCAGCGCGAAAAGCGUGCACGUGACGCCAAAACCAAAGAGGAACUACAAGACACGAAUGAGACCAGCAAAACGGCUAGCAUACUUAAAUUGAAUACGCUGGGCGAUGACGAUGGCAGCAUGCGCUUUGAUGCGCUCACCAGCGGCAAGAGCACCGUCGUUUUCGGCGAAUACAACUACUACGAUGAGAAGCCGCCAAAAGGUUGCGGCAAGGAUGAGAAGCUGCUGGUCGAACUGCCGCCCACACAAACAACCGCACAUAUGGAAUUGAAUUGGCCCGGCGGCGGCGGUGGUACGAGCAGCACCUUGGACUUGCUGAAGACGAAACAUCACAGCGCUUUAGAGGCGGCCAGCUACAGCGGCAGCAAGGAAGCGGCGGCUGAUAUGCAGCAUCUACAAGGCAUCAGUAAUAUCGAAAUGGCCACAUACAGCACACAAAUGCCGUUGGCACCCGGCAUAGCGGUGCUCGAAUCAGCGCUAAUGCCGAGUAGACGUAGCUCGUUCUUGGCCAGCGGCAGUCAGACGUCCAUGCAAUUCGAUUAUGCGGUGCAAUCGUCGGAUCAGUUGUCAUUCAAGGAGAUUGAGAAUGCGGUCAAAGUGUCCACCGAUGAGAUUGUCAAUGAUUUGGAUGAUGAUAUACCGGAACCGCCACCACCGCCACGUUCAUUUCAAAGCGCACACCUGCAACAACAACAACAGCAGCAGCAACAACAACAAGGUGGCAUCUUGCGUUCGUCGGGUUCAAAUACGGUUUCGUCGACGAGCGGCAAGAAACGUGUACAUAUUCAAGAGAUUUCGGUUUAGUCUUACUCAAAUACGAAUACUUAUGUAGGUAUGCAUACAAUUACUAAUGAAUACUCUAAUUGAAUAUCGUACAAUGUACUAGCUAUUCUACAAAUAUUUCUUUUCAUUUUUUUUUUUUUUUUGCUUUCCUUUGCCGUUAGUUUAGCAAAAUCUAGUUUUAUUGUUGAAAUUUAUUUCUAUUUUAAAAACAAUAACAUUUUACCGUUAACUUAGCAAACAAAUAGUUCCAGCACAUGUGCAGUUACUUCAACUGUAGCAUGAUUUUCACUAAACAUUACUAUAUUCUAUACUUCCGAAAUGUUACCCUGAUUUUCGCGUUCGCUUUUUGGUGGCGCCCAAGAUAUGUCUAACUGGCUUCUUAUUUAGCAAAUAAACACCUAACAUAUUCUGCUGUAAAUUAUAUUAUAUUUACGUAUUAUAUAUAUAUAUAUUAUAUAUUUAGGAAAAUUUCAGAUACAAUACGCAUAUUUGUGCGUAUUAAAAUAAAAGUAAAAAAAGUGAAAAAUAAUUAUUUAUUGUAUAAUAUAUUGUAUGGUGACUAUAUGAAUGUAAAAUGUAAUGUAAGAAUCAAAUUCUUUUUUAGUACUAAUAAAUUUAUAUUUAUUGUUGGACAAAAUUAAAACGAGCUAGUUUUAAUGGUAAACCGAAAAAAUACUACUGUGGCCAAAAAAUAGUAAGACUUUUUUAUUUAAAUUUCGUCUGAAAAUCUAUUCGCCGAAAUAUGCGUUUUGCCUGGGUUGGUAUGACUGUCAUUGUCAUCUGUGCCAAAUGUCACAUAAAAAUAAUAUACAAUUUUAAAUAUACGCUUGUCUUUCUGAAGUACUUAAAAAGCAUUCGGCGAUUUUUACAAUGAAUGAAAUUAUUCAACAAAGAAGCUCCAUUAAAUUUUGUGAGCGGAAUCAAAUUGUAGAAAUGUAGAAAAAGUCGUUCGGUGAUAAUUAUUUGUCACGAGCAAGGGCUUUUUAGUGGUACAAGUUAUUCAAAGAAGGUCAAGAACGCGUUGAUGACGAAGCACAUCCAGCACGGCCAUCAACGUCAACUGGUGAUCAAAAUGUCAAAAAAAUAAAGGAAUUGCUACUUGAGAAUCUACGAUUAAUAGUCAGAGAUCUUACUGACAUCGUUGGAAUAUCGUAAGGAUCAGUGAAAUUAAUUUCAAAGAUCAUUUGGGCCUAAGAAAAGUGAAAGCACGAUUGAUUCCAAAAUCACACAAUUUUUCCAAAAACAGCGUCGCGUGAAACACUGAUUUCCAACUACCAGGAUAUCAUGAAACGUAUUAUUACUGGCGAUGAGUCUUAGAUCUAUGCUUACGGCCAGGAAACAGAAGAUGAAUCGGCCGAAUGUCGUAGGAAAGAUAAGCCAAACCCGAAAAAAACCAAAAAAAUUAUCAAAAUCAAGGUUAUGUCGGCAGUUGUCUUCGAUUAUCAAUGUGUACUGCACUCCAAAUUCAUUCCGUUUGUCCAAAGCUAUUCGUAAAAUGAGACCGGAAUUAUGGGCCGACAACUUUUCGUUUCUACACCACGAGAAUAUAUCGUCGCAUACUGUAUUGAUUCUUCGUAAGCUUUUUGUCAAAUAUUCAACCAAUAUCUUGCCGCAAUCACCGUAUUCACCUGAUUUAACUUCGUUUGACUUCUGCCUGUUAAGCAAACUGAAACGAUUGCUCCGAGGAAACCGUUUUAAACGUGAAUCGCCAGGCGUAUUGAAGGCUAUUAAGGAAAUUGACUAUAACAACGGUUUCGAGGAUUACAAAACACUUUGGCACAAGGGGCAUUGAAGGGGACGACAUAGAUUUUGAAGAAUGAAUUAAGAAUUUUAAAAUGAUCACAGGUGUAUUUCUUAAAGCACAGAAUUGUACCCUUCUUUACCUUAAUUUUGAACGGACAGUUUGUAUGGCAACAAUAUGCCAUAAUAAUAAGAUUCGAAUCGGAGAAUGUAGCCGUACAUCGGACUAUAAUGAGCAGCUUCUGUGCGAGAAAGGGACUUGUGCAUACUUUCAUAUCGAUAUCUCAAAAACUGUUGGCGUAUUCGCGGAAGGACAGGCAUAGUUAAAACGACGAAACUUAAAUCCUUACGCUGAUCAUUUAUAAAGGGUGAUGGACUCGACGUUCCCUACUUUUUUCAAGAAAAAACAAAGAAACUUCAAAUUUAAUGAAAAAUGUUUAUUAUCGUUCGACAAAACAUUCUCUGUCAUUUAUUUUUUUAACGAUUAGCUCUUUCAAAUGUUGGCCAAGGCUAAGUCUCAGAUGGCCCAUCCGUUGAGUCCAAUUUUCGAUCACUCGUUCGAGCAUUUCGACCGGUAACCGGUGAAUGACACGGGUGAUGUUUCACCCAAGGCCUGAAUCGAAGAGUAAUUCUCAUCAUAGACUUUAGACUUUACAUAUCCCCAUAGGAAAAAGUGUAACGGUGUGGUAACACAAAAUCUUGGUGGCCUAUCGACCGCCCCAAAACAUGAAAUUAUCUGAUCACCGAAGUGUCUUCUUAAUAAGACCAUUGAAUGAUGCGAUGUGUGAGAAGUAGCUCGAAGCGAUGUCGCUUGGGAAGGUCGAGUGGCUUCAGUUCAUGGAUAAACUGUAUUUUGUACGCUUUCAUUGUACGCUUUAUUUUAGAUCUCGACGAAAAAUGCGCCAAGUCGUCCCAUAAGUCACUCCGAGUUGUUGCGAACGGCGCCGAAUCGACCGAAUAUUGGCGAGACAACAGCUCUGGGAAGUAAAACAGUUCGCAUCCUUGUCGUCUGAAUGUAUAAAUUUAAGCGCAAAUAGUUGAUAUAUGAGUUUUUCAAAAUAAAAUAUUGACCAACAAAUAUA